AUGGCUGUUUCAACGCGUCGAUUACAAAAGGAGUUGAUGGACAUCAAGACGCAGGGCGCACCAGUAGGUAUCCAGCUGCUGAGCGCCGAUGAUCUCCAGACAUGGUACCUUUCGCUUGAAAUUCUAGGUGAGACAGUAUAUGCGGGCGAAAAAUUCGCACUGAAGUUCCGCUUCGACAAUUCAUAUCCCAUAUCUUCCCCCGCUGUGCAAUUUGUAGUGGAUGACACACAUAAAGCACCUAUUCAUCCGCACGUGUAUUCCAACGGUCAUGCGAAAGAACUACCACCAGAUAACGACCGCUAUGUCCGGCAUGCCCCGGAGAAUCCAAAAAAGGUCGCUCUCUUUUCCGUCUUGUCCAAUUCCUUACUCACGCAUGACGCCUGGUGA